AUGGCGCUCAACCAAUCGUCCGCCAUCGAGUCCGACAUGGACAAGAUGAAGACGGAAAACCUCGAGCAUGUCACCGUCCAGGAGAACGUGCUGCCGCAGAUGGACCCGGCGCGUCGAGCCGCCGCCGAGAAGAGUCUGAAGUGGAAGCUCGACCUGCGCUGCAGCAUCUUCGUGCUGAUCUACAUCAUGAACUACCUCGACCGCAACAACAUCUCCGCCGCUCGUCUCAAGGGUCUGCAGGAGGACCUGAACCUCACCAACACCCAGUUCUCCACCUGUCUCAGUAUCCUCUACGUCGGCUACAUUCUCAUGCAGGUGCCCUCCAACAUGGUCAUCAACCGCAUCUCGCGGCCCUCGCUGUACAUCGCCGUCUCCAUGACCCUGUGGGGUGUCAUCUCCACCCUGUCCGGAAACGCCAAGGACUUCAAGGACAUGGUGGUCAUCCGGUUCCUGCUGGGCUUCGUCGAGGCCGCCUUCUUGCCCGGAGCCCUGCUGAUCCUGUCCAAGUGGUACACUCGCCGCGAGCUGACCACCCGCAACGCCAUCCUGUUCUGCGGCAACCUGAUCUCCAACGCCUUCUCCUCCCUGGUCGCCGCCGGCGUCCUGUCCAACAUGCAGGGCACCCUGGGCCACGCCGCCUGGCGCUGGCUCUUCUGGAUCGAAGGUGCCGCCACCAUCACCAUCGCCAUCGCCUCCGGCUUUAUCUUGCCCGACCUGCCCACCAACACCGGCGGCUUCAGCGAGGAUGAGCGUCUCGUGGCGCAGCUGCGCAUCAUCGAGGACGUCGGCGAGGCCGACAGCGACGACGGCCAAAGUGCCUUUGCCGGUUUGGUGAUGGCCUUCAAGGACUUCAAGAUCUACGUGCUGAUGCUCACCUUCACCGCGUACGUCAUUGGACUGUCGUUCAAUGCCUUCUUCCCCACACUUACCGGUACCCUUGGAUUCGGAUACGUGCCGACUCUCCUGAUGAGUGCUCCCCCGUGGGUGUUCUCCUGUCUCUUCUCCCUGCUGAAUGCCUGGCAUGCCGAUCGAACCCAAGAAAAGCUCUGGCAUAUCUACGGUCCCAUUAUCAUGGGCUUUGUCGGUUUCAUCAUUUGCAUGUGCACCCUCAACACCGCCGCGCGAUACGUCGCCCUCUUCCUGCAGGCCGGAUCCUACGCCGGCUUCAUCGUGGUGUACUCCUGGAUCAGUUCCUCCUUCCCCCGUCCGCCCGCCAAGCGAGCCGUGGCGCUGGCCCUGGUCAACGCCUUCUCGCAGCUGGGCAACGUCGCCGGCAUGUACGUCUGGGACCUGUCGGAGAACGGAUACCGCAAGAGCUACGGCAUCGUGACGGCCAUGUUCGGCGUGGCCGUCGUGGGCUUCUGGUUCUUCCGCAUGAUCCUGGUGAACCUGAACAAGAAGCUGGAGUCGCGCGACACCGUCAGCGACGCCAAUCCCGCCGCGCCCGAUCCAACCAUGGACGACCCGGACGAGUCGCUGCGGGUGGUCAAGGGCUUCCGGUACCUGGUUUAG